CUGAAAAAUGAAAACAAUAAAUGAAUAAAAAUUGAUUUGAUUAUAUUAAUGUAUAAAAAUUAGUAUAUAAAGAUGCAAAAUUUACUCAAUUAUAAGCGAUUUAUAACAUUUAAAGUAUUUCUUUCUAAAAAUACCUUACUUUUAAGCUUCUGUAAAAGUUACUACUAUUCAAAGUUAAAUUAUUCAAUAUCUAACUAUUAUUAUUUCAGUACUAUUAAAUUAGAUGUAUUAAAAAAUGUUGACUUUGUAAAUGACUUGAAUAAUGCAAUUGUCUCCAAAAGAUAUUUCUGUCAAUCCACUAACUUACUAAAUGAAAUAACUAAACAAAAUUUUCAGACAGAUGAGUCUAGAUUCAAUGAAAUUAAUUUACAAAUGUUAUCUAAAAAUUUGUAUAGUCAAAUUUUUGGUAAUGAAUGUAAUUUUAAUCUUAAUUCAUUAAAUGAAAGUAAUGUUCAUGCUAUUAAAAAAGAAUUAAAAGACUUUGGAAUUAUUAUUAAGAAUACAUCUGAAAUACCCAAUGUCAAUCUUUUAAUUCCAAAAUUAAAAGGACAAAAUAUUGAAGAACAUUUCAAACAAAUAUCUGAUGAGCAAGUGCAACCGUACAUGAAAAUAAUCGAACAUUUUUUUAAUGAAUUACCUCCAAUGCCAAAACAUUUUAUUUUUGAAGAAGGAUGGACACGAUAUUCAAAUAAUGGACAUGAAUCAGUUAGUUACCCAAUAGAAGAAGGAUUAAUUUUUGAUGUAGAAGUUUGUGUAAAAAAUGGACCACUUCCAACUUUAGCAACUGCAGUUAGUAAAUCUUCGUGGUACAGUUGGGUUUCCAAGCAACUUAUAGAUUGCUCGUCAAAUUUUAUGUUUAAUUACUUAACUCCUGAAUCUCUUAUUCCGAUAGAAAGUUCAGUCGAUAAUAAGGAACAAAUAGAUGUUGAUAAAUUUCAGCAAAUGCCAAAAAUUAUAAUUGGUCAUAAUGUUUCAUUUGACCGUGUUAGAGUUAAAGAACAAUAUUGGUUAAAUCCAAGUGCUACAAAGUUUUUAGAUACAAUGGCUUUACAUAUAUGUAUAAGUGGUUUAAGCAGUUAUCAACGUGCUAUUUUAAAAUCUACGAAUUCAAAAGAUGAGCAUGAACAUUUGAAAUCAAUUUCUUCUUUAAAUAGUCUAUCUGAUAUACAUAAGUUUUAUUAUGGUUUCAAUUUAAAUAAGCAAGGUAGGGAUAUUUUUAUGAAUGGAGAAAUACAAGAUAUUAAAAAACAAUUUAAUGAGUCAAUGUUAUAUUGUGCCUCAGAUGUUGUAGCAACUCAUAAGAUUUUUAAAAAAAUGUUUCCUAUUUUUAUUAAAAGAUUUCCUCAUCCUGCUACAUUAGCAGGCAUGUUAGAGCUUAGUACUACAUAUUUACCAGUUAAUUAUAAUUGGAAAAGAUAUUUGGAAGAAGCUGAAACAACAUAUAAAGAUUUGAAUUUUGAAAAUAAAGUUUGUUUAGCAAAAAGAGCUGAUGAAGUGUGCAGAUUAUCAAUAAGUAGCCAAUACAAAAAUGAUCCAUGGAUGUGGGAUGAAGAUUGGUCUAUAAAAAAUAUGAAUUUAAAGAAAGGUUAUGAUAAAAUUUGGAAAAUAACUACAAUUAUUCCUGUUACUGUGAUCGUCAAAACAAUAUUAAAUAAGCAAUUUAGAUAUUUACAUAAAACAGAAAAUUUUUUACCGAAAAAAUUGCCACAUAUGCCUGGCUAUCCUAAUUGGUACCGUAAACUUUGCAAAAAAAAUAAAAUAAAUGUAUUUCCAAGAACUCAACAACUUAGUACUUCAAUGUUAAUAACACCAAAACUUUUAAAUCUCACUUGGGAACAAUACCCUCUGUAUCAUAUUAAAAAUCAUGGUUGGGGAUUUUUAGUUAAAGAUUUGAAUAAAUGUGAUAUUAAACCAUCUGAUUGUGAAUUGUUAUCUCAAACUACUGCUAAAAAAUUACAGUCUUCAAAUCAAUGUCUAACAAAAUUAAAAUCUUUUGAUAAAAAUUUCAAACCAAGUCUACCAGAUAACAAAAUUGAAAAUUUUUUUUUUAAAUUACCACAUAAAAAUGGAAUUUUAUUUAAUGUUGGAAGUCCAUUAUCUAAAGAUUUCCUCAAUAAUUUUUCAAAAAAUAUUUUAGACAGUAUAACUACAAGCACUUCACGUAUAAUAGAAAUUUCUAAAAUGUCUUCCUAUUGGAAAAAUAACCGGGAUCGAAUCUUAUCUCAACUUGUUAUUUGGUUGGACUCAAAACAAAAUGUUAAUUCAAAAAAUAGCACUAAUUAUAUAAAUUUUGGAGCAAUAAUUCCUCAAGUUAUAGUUUCAGGAACUCUUACUCGAAGAGCUGUUGAACCUACUUGGAUGACUGCUUCUAAUGCUCAUUGUGAAAGAAUCGGAUCUGAAUUACGUGGUAUAAUAAACGCCCCAUCAGGUUAUAGUAUUAUUGGAGCUGAUGUUGAUAGUCAAGAACUUUGGAUUGCGUCAAUCAUUGGAGAUGCUUUCAAAAAAGACAUUAAAAUUCAUGGUUCAACUCCUUUUAGCUGGAUGACAUUAAUAGGUAAUAAAUCUGACGGUACCGAUAUGCAUAGUGUUACUGCUAAAGCUAUAGGUAUAAACAGAGAUCAAGCAAAGGUACUUAAUUAUGCUCGCAUUUAUGGCGCUGGACAGAAAUUUGCUGAAAGAUUGUUAAAACAGUUUAACCCUUCUAUAACUGAUAAAGAAGCAGCUUUAAAAUCGAAACAUAUAUAUUUAAUGACUAAAGGUAAAAAAUAUUAUCGUUUAAAAAAACAAUACGUAUCUGAAAAUCUCAGCAAUAAAUUAUAUACAUCAUAUGAAGCAUUUAAAAUUUCUCAAAUACACAAAAAAUUAAGAGAUGAAGUUUUUGAAAAAGGGAAAUGGAUUGGUGGGUCUGAAUCAGUAAUGUUUAACAGUUUGGAAGAGAUAGCAGAACAAAAUGAGCCAAGUACACCAUUUUUAAAUUGUAGAUUAAGUAGAGCUUUAGAAUAUGAAAAAAAUGAAAAGUUCCUUCCAACAAAAAUAAAUUGGGUUGUACAAAGUGGAGCUGUAGAUUUUUUACAUCUUAUUUUAGUAACUAUGAGAUGGCUGAUGAAAGACAAAGCAAGACUUUGUUUAUCAUUUCAUGAUGAGGUUCGUUAUUUAGUACCAUCAGAGUAUAAAUAUAAUGCAGCCUUAGCGAUGCAUGUUACAAAUUUACUAGUACGUUGUUUUUUUGUAUCAAGAUUAAAAAUGAAAGAUCUUCCAAUGUCUGUUGCUUUCUUCACUUCAGUAGAAGUAGAUUCAGUGCUACGUAAAGAAACAAGUCAAGAUUGUAAAACACCUUCUAACCCACAUGGAUUGAAAAAAGGUUAUGGAAUUCAGCCUGGAGAGAAUUUAGAUAUUUGGACUGCCGUUAAGAAAAGCAAGGGUUAUGUUGGAAUGUUUAAGUAAAUCACACAAAGAAUAAAAUUAUUACCAAAAAA